AUGGUGACCAAACGCAGUCGUUCUGCACCCAUUUUACGCGUCAAGAAGUUGUCACCCCAAGCCAUUUUGCCUUCGCGAGGUUCGAGUCUUGCGGCGGGCUUGGACCUCUCCGCUGCCUACGACGCUAUCAUCCCAGCAGGCUCCAAGGGUCUGGUCAAAACGGAUCUUGCAAUUGCCGUACCCGAGUGCUGCUACGCCCGCGUAGCACCUCGGUCAGGUCUUGCGCUGAAGAAUUUCAUCGACACUGGCGCUGGUGUCAUUGAUGCUGAUUAUCGUGGAAACGUAGGCGUGCUCCUGUUCAACCACUCGACGGAAGACUUUGUCAUCAAGAGAGGGGAUCGAGUCGCGCAGCUCAUACUGGAGAAAAUCGAGUACCCAAAGAUCCAAGAAGUGGACGAGAUGGACAAGACAGCGCGUGGCGCCGGUGGUUUUGGCAGUACGGGAGUGUCGAUACCGAUUGCCAAGAAGCAGCGCGUGGCGAGCAACGAAGUACCAGAAGGUGAAGAGGACAGAAGUGCUGUCGACACGACAUUUAAGGCGCUCGAGAUGCUAUCGGUGAAUAAGGUCAUGGAUGACGACAUGCGGUGUCUGCUGAAGAAGAAGCUCUACAUGGCGUCCGAGAGGCAGUUCAUGCUGCUGAGCAAAGCGUUGAACGAUUAUCUUGACGACGAGGACAGUGACAAAGUUCUAGAGUGGAUCACUGCUUUUCUCGAAGCACAAUGA